AUGGAAUUUGACUUUUCUUCACUUUCUCCCACUGCACAUACUGUAGCCACCUCGGCUUAUAUUGAUUUCAUACCUUCUCUACAGUACUCCAAACCACUUGGGACUUCUCGGUUCUUGAAAACGAUCCAAUGUACAUCCUCUAAUGGAUAUGUUGUAGUGAAACUACUUGUUAAGCCUUCUGACACAGACAUCGACAUGAAAAAGUACUUGAUAGAAUUGGAAGGUGUGAAAAAUAAACUACAGAAUGUGCCCAAUACAUCACCAUUUGAAACACUUAUUGAUUCCGAGAGAGCCACAUAUCUUAUCAGACCUUAUGUAAGGUAUAAUUUAUUUGAAACUUUAUCAAUUAGACCAUUCUUUGAAGGUAUAGAGAAAAAAUGGAUUAUUUACCAGUUACUAACGGCAAUAUCGAAAAUGCAUGAAGUGGGAGUUUGUCACGGCGACAUCAAACUAGAGAAUGUUUUACUAACCUCUUGGAACUGGGUGACAAUUGCCGACAUUGCACUUUUCAAGCCGGUGUACCUCCCAGACUACAAUCAGUCGCAAUUUUCCUUUUAUUUUGACAGCAAGAAAAGACACUCUUGUUAUAUUGCACCGGAGAGAUUCAAAACACAGCAAGAAAUGAGUGAUUUGAUUGAACGUAAAGUGAUUCCUCGUCUUUCCCCCGAAGCUGACAUUUUUUCCUUGGGCUGUGUGAUUGCAGAGCUAUAUUCUGAUGGGUUACCUAUCUUUACUUUACCUCAAAUGUUCAAGUAUAAAAAAUCCGAAUAUUCUCCUAAUUUAGACGUUAUCGAGGACCCUAAUAUUAAGAAGAUGGUUGAGAGUAUGAUCAGUUUAGUCCCAAAGGAUAGAUUAACAGUGUCUGAAUACCUCCUAAGGUUUAGAGACUCGGUUUUUCCUAGCUACUUUUACACUUUCUUGUAUCCAUAUAUGAAGGAUCUUUCAACAUAUUCUCCAAACAAGGAAACAUCUGACUUUCAAAAAUGCAACUACAGGAUCGACAGGGUUUAUAAAGAUUUUGAUAAAGUGGCUCUAUAUUUAGGUUUCAAAGCAAAUAUAAUGGACAAUGAUGAAAGCGUAUUGGUUAAAAGAUCCGGAAAUGUUAGUAUAAUUCCAGUUGAGCUUAACUUGCCAGGAAUGAAUAGACACAUACCUCAAAACUCUCAUACAAUAUUUAAAUCCAACACCACGAAUGAUUCAUCAUGUCUUAUAAUUUUGUCCAUGGUUUGUCAUAAUAUGAGGAACACCACACACUCGACGUUUAGGAUAAAGGCUUGUGAUUUGAUAUUGGCGUUGGCAGAACAGCUUCACGAUGAAGCAAAACUGGACAGAUGUUUGCCUUACUUGAUGAAUAUGUUGGAUGAUCCAUCUGAGAGUGUCCAAGUUGCUGCACUUAAAUCUGUUACUCAACUUUUGACAAUGGUAGAUACGCUAACCCCAAUUAAUAUCCACUUAUUUACAGAAUAUAUCAUACCAAAACUGCAGUUAUUCUUAAAACGCUCCUAUAUGAUUCCAACCAAGGAUUUAAAUGCUUCUAAAUUCCUAGUUCAAGAUGAAGUCAGCAACAAAAUACCAGGCUCUUAUGUUAGAAUGAUAUUUGCAUCUUGCUUACCGCAUUUGGCUAUGGCAUCCAAGAAGUUUCACGAACUGUCGGUAUUACUCAAAGAUAAAGUUGGCACUUAUCAUGAUCCAGAUAUUGACAGCGUCUUUUUCAAUGAUAGAGAUAAAAAUGAACUAGAACUCAAUGAUAUCCUUGAAAGCUUCGAACAUUUGACUAUUCAGAUUUUAACCGAUAGCGAUGUGUAUGUGAGAAUUUCCUUAAUGCAGAAUAUCAGACCGUUAUGUGCCUUUUUCGGUAAACAGAAAGUCAAUGAUGUUGUUUUGAGCCAUUUGAUUACCUACCUUAAUGACAAAAAUCCUCAAAUUAAACAAGCUUUUGUAUCCAGCAUUGUUCCCCUCUCUAUCUUUGUUGGUAUUACAAGCCUUGAGCAGUAUAUUUUGCCAUUGCUAAUUCAGUCAAUUUAUGGGCCAGAAGAGAUUCUUGUGGUCACUUUUCUCAAAGUACUAUCCCAACUUGUUGAAUUGGGAUUGGUGAGGAAGCAGUGCUAUUGGGAUUUAAUCAAUCUUUCGGUUGUUCUGAUACUACAUCCAAAUGGGCUUAUUAGGCAGCUUGUAAUCAAUUUGAUAGUUACAAUUGGGCACCAAUUAUCCACGGCAGACUUUUACUGUCUGUUGUACCCGUUGAUUCGCCCCUUUUUUCGACAUGAAGUCACAGAGCUUACUUGGGAAAAUCUGUUUAUUUCAGCUCACACUCCUCUAACAAGAUCUGUUUAUAACACAGCCAAACUGUGGUGCUUAACUAAUCAGGAGACGCUAUUUUGGCAAAGGGUUGUUAAUUCCAAUCCAUCUAAAGAUGUUGAUUCUUUUGGUAACGUCAAAAUCAGAUUUUUGAGAGACAAAAGUACAAAGGCCUCUUCCGGCUCAUCUUCAAAAACUACUACUGGAGAUGAGAGGGAAAGAAUAGAUGAUUACGUUCCAAAUUACGAGAUUCCAUUGAGUAACUCGGAUAAAAAGCAAGUUACGAAAAUGAAAUCUCUGGGAUUAGGAAAUGAUGAGCUCUGGAAAAUAGGUACUAUGCGCCCGUACAUUUACAAAGUAACUAGACUAACUCGUAGGUCUUCGAAUUUUGUCUUACAAACUAUAAAACCUAAGGUGACACCAAGAAGUGUUUUUCUAGACAUCAAAUAUAAAGCAAAAGAAACACCUUACAAUGAUGUUCACGGUCAACAUGUUCAACCCGUUUUACAGAAAGGUGAACAAAGAAAACUUAGCGAUCAUUCGGGUCCACUAAUUUUAAAAAAUCUUCAAUUGCAAACUCCGGUUGUAGAAACGAUUGAAGAUAUAGCAGAUUAUAAAAAUAACUAUUUUAGCCAUGGUGAUAAAACUAAUUCAAUUUUCAGAGAUAUCGGGGAUGCUAAUGUUUUCGAUGAAACGAUGCGACUUGAAGAACUCUAUGCUGAAAUAGAAUUCAGUUAUCCGGGAAAAAACCCAUUCAUUUGGAGAUUUUUGAGGAGUUUGGAGUUUAAGCCAGAUCUCGAUGACUAUGUGGAAUUUGGAGAACCCACGAGUCAGCCUGAAAUUGAUACUAAUGAAUCUACCUCAAGUUACGAUACCUUAAACUACACAUUAAUUGCAAGAUUGAAUGAACAUAAUGCGCCUAUUGUCUCUGUGGUGGCAUCCACUGAUGGCCGCUUCUUUGUAUCCGCUGAUGCAGCAGGAUGCUUGAAAAUUUGGAAUACCAAAAGGUUGGAAAUAGAUGUUACAGGUUCAUCUACCCUAUCUGUAAACUUAGGCUCUUCUGUGAAGUCCAUGUGUAUCAUGGAUGGACGGAACUGUAUUGCUGUUUCCAAAGGAAAUGGUUCUGUGGAUAUCCUUCGGGUAGAUUUUGCUAACAAUGAUGAUGCCACACCCCACAAGAACACAUCGAUUUCUCUGUUAAGACAUUUAAAAUUGAGUAAGGAGUACCUAUAUGCAACUAACUUGCAGUUCAAAAUAAUCCCACAAAAGCCCUAUCUAUUUAUGUUAACAGUAGAUGGAAGAUUAUUAGCUGUUGACAUUCGAAAUAUGGAGAUUGUGAAGGAAUUCCAAAAUAACAUUUUACAUGGAAAUGUUACAUCUCUCUUAGUUGAUGUUAACCAUUUGUGGGCGAUAAUAGGGACUAGCAAGGGAAUAGUUGAUUUGAUCGACCUCGAUGAGUGUGUCUGUUCUAAGUCAACAAAAUUCAAACGAAGUUCAUAUCCAAUUACCCAGAUAAGAAAACUAAGUGAGCUUUCACAUCACCAAGGCGACUUGCUAUGUUUUGUUGGUGGAACAGGCGAUGCUGAUGUUGUCAUUUGGGAUAUUGAAACCUCAAAACCCCGACUGGUGCUAUGUGCUAACAAUAAAGAAUCGUUUACAAAUGCUGAACAAUACAGCGUCGUGGAAGUUGAUGACGAGAUAAACAAUGACCUUUUAUCUAUGUACAUCGAUCGAAAAACAAUGGAAGACAAUAAAAGUUGCACAAGUGUAUAUUAUGAUCCGCCAAGCACAGCUGGUUUAUCGGGGAAAAUUAUUAGUGCACUGAAUAACAUGAAGGUGAUUGAAUGGAACUUAGAAAGCAUAAAUGACUCAAGAAUUGUAAUAGAUUCAAUCAAGUAUUUUACUAGUGCAACUAACGCAUCUAAGUUCCAUGAAAUCCAAGUGAAUUCCUUUUUGACUAUUGUUCACGAGACCUGCGCAAAAAGGAAAGAUUCUAACCUCGAAUGUGAUUCUCCCAAGAUGAUAAACAAGGCACCAAGCGAUAUAAUUACCUCAAUCGCAUGUUUGUGCUACCCAUCAAGGAUGAUCGUUUGUGGUGAUAGGUCGGGGACCAUCAAUAUAUAUCGUUAG